CUUGCGUCAGCCAACCCCAACCCGGGCCCUAUUGUUAGAGAGAGGUUCAGAGACGAGCCCUGCAAUGUGGGCACAACUUGUAAACAGGACUUUGGUUGAAUAAACAAGAAACGCCUCCCCUUGCGUCUACGUCCUCGCUCCAAGCCGCUGUCCGGAUGAGUGCCGUGCAACUUUACGCAUCUUGACUUGCGGGCUUCGCGUCUGUUUACCUCUGACACCGGGCAGUAUUCAGUGAAUGUACACGUCGAUCAAAGUGCAAGGUCCCCUCAGAUAUGAACGAGCGGCUCUGACCACUGCUUCCAUCUCUCCAACCCACUCUUCAUGCGCCUUUUCACGCGUGUAUCCUGCAGUCACUAGCCUCGGUUUGCACUAAGAUGUCGUGUCUUUUACUGGGAGUAUUACGAAGACAUGGGGGUGUGGGGGCGAGUGUGGGGGUCCGGUCCCUGGCCUCCGUCCCCUCUCUCCCUCCGGCCGUGGCAGAGUUUGUGAAGGGCGCGGUGGAGGAGUGCAAACCGUCCGGGGUCCACGUGGUGACUGGGACCCCCGAGGAGACAGCCAACAUCCUGGCCGGGCUGGAGAAGGAGGGCAUGGUCAAGAAGCUGCCCAAAUAUGAAAACUGCUGGUUGGCGCGCACAGACCCAAAGGACGUGGCUCGGGUUGAAAGUAAAACCGUGAUCGUGACCAAAAAGCAGCGGGACACCAUCCCCAUCCCGGCCGAGGGGGUCAAGAGUCAGCUGGGCAACUGGAUGAGCGAGUCCGACUGGGACAGGGCCCGACAGGAGCGCUUCCCUGGCAGUAUGGCAGGUAGGACCAUGUAUGUCAUACCCUUCAGUAUGGGUCCAGUGGGCUCCCCUCUGACCAAAUAUGGUGUUCAGGUGACAGAUUCGCCCUAUGUAGUGGCCAGUAUGGGCAUCAUGACUCGAAUGGGAACGCCUGUCAUGAACAAAUUAGCUGAAGGAGUGGAGUUUGUGCGCUGCCAACACACUCUGGGUCGACCUCUACCUCUCAAAGCUCCUCUGGUGAACUCAUGGCCCUGUAACCCAGAGAAGGUGCUCAUUUCCCACCUACCCGACUCCAGGCAGAUCCUGUCCUUCGGAAGUGGAUAUGGAGGAAACUCUCUGUUAGGAAAAAAGUGUUUUGCUCUUCGAAUUGCCUCUCGCAUCGCCAAAGAUGAAGGCUGGCUGGCAGAGCACAUGCUGAUUUUGGGCAUCACUAAUCCUCAGGGUGUGAAGCGUUAUGUAGCUGCAGCAUUUCCCAGCGCUUGUGGGAAAACCAACCUGGCCAUGAUGAAGCCCGCUCUGCCCGGCUGGAAGGUGGAGUGUGUGGGAGACGAUAUCGCGUGGAUGAAGUUUGACAGCCAAGGGAAACUCAGGGCCAUUAAUCCAGAGAACGGGUUUUUCGGUGUUGCUCCCGGGACAUCAGAUAAAACCAACCCGUACGCCAUGGCAACUAUCUCCAAAAACACAGUGUUCACGAACGUAGGAGAGACCAGUGACGGAGGAGUGUGGUGGGAGGGUUUGGACUAUCCACCAGAGGGCGUCACUCUCACAGAUUGGCACGGGAAAACCUGGAAGAAAGGCAACCCGACCCCCUGUGCCCACCCAAACUCUCGUUUCUGUGCCCCGGCCGCUCAGUGCCCCAUCAUCGACCCGCAGUGGGAGAGUGAGGAGGGAGUGCCCAUCGACGCCAUCAUCUUUGGAGGAAGGAGGCCAGAGGGAGUGCCUUUGGUUUAUGAGUCCUUCAGUUGGAAACAUGGAGUGUUUGUUGGAGCAGCGAUGAGAUCUGAGGCCACUGCUGCAGCUGAACAUCAAGGCAAAGUAAUUAUGCACGACCCUUUCGCCAUGAGACCUUUCUUCGGGUACAACUUUGGAGACUACCUCGCCCACUGGCUCAGCAUGGAGACCAGGAAGGCCCCCACUCAGCUACCAAAGAUUUUCCACGUCAACUGGUUCAGGAAAGACCCCAGUGGCUCCUUCUUGUGGCCAGGAUUUGGGGAAAACGCCCGCGUGCUUGAGUGGAUCUUUAAGCGCUGCGGCAGGGAGAGAGAGGACCAAGCUGCCAAGAAGAGCAUUAUUGGUUGGGUGCCAGUAGAGGGCGCCAUCGACACUUCGGGCUUAGGUAGCACUGUAGAUAUGGGGGCGCUUUUCGAUGUUCCCAAGCCGUUCUGGCAAAAGGAGACCAAAGAGUUGAGGGCGUACUUCUCACAGCAGGUGGGGUCAGAUUUACCAGGGCAGGUGGAGGAGGAGCUGAGGCAGUUAGAGCAAAGAGUGCACAAUUAAAAUCAAAAUAAAGAUUUCAACAUGGUGCAAUUAGAUUAUCGGCUGUGUUACCAAACAAAGCAGUAAAGAAAUGUCUUAACUAGUUAAAAUUACUUACAAUUAGAAGAUCAUCUUUUAUUCUGUAGUGUUUUUAUCUUAUAUUUUAGUAGAUAACAGUACAUUUUUUAAAAUUAAAAGCUAAAAGAUUUUACUUCACUGGUGGGGUGGGCAAUAAUGACAAAAAUAAAUAGCUUUGUCUUGAUCAUGAUAAUUGAAUGAUAUUUUAGUAAUUCAUCUACUUUAUGCCCUUUUUAUGAUCACCAUAAAAGUUUAAUUUAAUUUAAAAUCAGCUCUGUAGCCUUUUUAAUAUACGUAUUCACAUUUUAAUAUUACAGACAAUCCCCUAAACUUGACAUUCACAUUUUCUCCAAUGCAGCAGUUUCAAAUUUGUCCCACCUCCACCCACAGUUAAAUCAUUUUGCUUGAGGAAAUGGACCAAUUGAAACCAGUAAAAAUAUCUUAAAACAGGUCACAUUUUUUUAGACUGCCAAGAGAUUUUAACUCACACAGAUGUUCCUUUUUGCACUGUCUAGAAACACAGUCGUAGUCUAAAAUAGGAUUAUAAUAAUGUCCAGUGUUGGAUAUGAAAAGAAGCUACUCUAAAUUAACAAUGCAAUAACUACAGGACAGACUUUUGGGCUGCCGCUAGAUCUUUACAGUGCUGUUUUUAAUAAAGGAGAAAUAAAUAAGCUUGAUAUUUUUGCACCGGUCUGGCCUUAAGAUAGUGGUGAAGAGGCUGCAGAUGUUUACUGGCUAAAACCCAUGGACCAAUGUGAUUUUAGAGGAAUAGAGAAUCCACUAUUUUUAAAUUAAUAUGAGUUCAUUAAAAAUAAAAUAGAAAAUAAAAUAACAGAAGUAUUUUUAAAGCAGAUUGAACCAGGGCCAAACUAUGGCUAAUGUUUCCACUUUUUUAUAUUUGUGAUUCAAUUGUUUAAUUUUACCUGAUGUUUACACAACAAUAGGUAAUAAUGUUGGACCAGUAAAUGCAACUGAGAUUAGGUAUUUUUACAAACUGUACACCAAAGUUUUAUUUACAGUGCAAUGAAUAAAAAUCUCAUGUAUGA